GUCUAUUCCUCUUCGCACCACCACAUCUAGCGAGAAUCGGUCGAGUCCUUUCCACUCCGCCGUCUCCCGUCUUUCCCCUCUUCUGCUCCAAGUCGAAGCUUGCAGCAGCGUCGGAAACUACUCUCUUUUUUUCUCUUUCCCAUUACGACGACGAAUCCUACCCGACAUGCCCCCAGUCUCUGCUUCCAAGGCUAAGCGCCAGGCCGAAAAGGCUGCAAAGGCCGCUGCUAAGGGAGAGAAAGACUCUUCCAAGGGCACUACGACGACAGCAUCGUCGACCAACGGAGCCUCUUCUACCGCCACACCCCUCACCAAUGUCAGUGCCAACAACUCGACAGACGAGCUUGACAUGAAGAAGCUUGCUCUUGCUACGGAAAGGAACGCUUCUGGCGUGCUCACUUCAGACAAGCAAAGCCGUGACAUUCACAUUGACAACUUCACCAUGAGCUUCCACGGCCGGCUCCUCGUCGAUGGCGCUAGCGUUGUGCUCAACUAUGGGCAGAGGUACGGUCUUUUGGGCGAGAACGGUUCAGGCAAGACGACCUUCCUCGAGGCUCUCGCGAACCGUGAUGUCGAGAUUCCCGAACACGUUGAUAUCUACCUAGUCCAAGGUGAGGCUCCCCCCUCGGACGUCAACGCUCUCGACUUCAUCAUCAAGUCGGCGAAAGAGAAAGUUGCCCGUCUGGAAAAGGAGAUCGAGGACAUGUCAGCCGCUGACGAGGUGGACGAGGUGGGCUUGGACCUCAAGAUGGAGGAGCUCGAUGAUCUCGACCCGUCCACCUUCGAAGCAAAGGCCGGCGCCAUUCUCCAUGGUCUCGGUUUCAGCAAACAGAUGAUGGCCAAGCCCACAAAGGAUCUCUCCGGUGGAUGGAGAAUGCGUGUCUCGCUGGCCCGAGCGCUGUUCAUCAAGCCACACUUGCUUCUCCUCGACGAGCCAACGAACCACUUGGACUUGGAGGCCGUUGUCUGGCUCGAGGCCUACCUCUCGACCUACAACCACAUUCUCGUUUUCACGUCGCACUCGGCCGACUUUAUGGACAGCGUCUGCACCAACAUCAUGGACCUGACAAUGCAGAAGAAGAUGGUCUACUACGGUGGUAACUACAGCAUCUACGUGCGGACAAAGAGCGAGAACGAGGUCAACCAGAUGAAGGCGUACGCCAAGCAGCAAGAGGAGAUUGCCCACAUCAAAAAGUUCAUUGCCUCGGCCGGUACAUAUGCUAACUUGGUCAAGCAGGCCAAGUCGAAGCAAAAGAUCAUCGACAAGAUGGAGGCUGCUGGUCUCAUCGAGGCCGUGCAGCAGCCGAGGCCGCUGCGCUUCAACUUUGAAGAUGUUCGCAAACUCCCUCCCCCGAUCAUUGCCUUUAAUGACGUCGCUUUCAGCUACAGUGGAGAAGAGAAGGACUUUUUGUACAAGGAUCUCAGCUUCGGUAUCGACAUGGAUUCGCGAGUGGCCAUUGUUGGGCAAAACGGUACGGGCAAGUCGACGCUGCUCAACCUCAUCACGGGCGUGCUGCAGCCCGUCAAGGGAUCUGUGCAACGGCAUGCUGGUCUCAAGCUCGGCAAGUACAGCCAGCACUCUGCUGAUCAAUUGCCGUACGACAAGAGCCCGCUCGAGUACAUGGAGUCGCGCUACAAGGACAAGUUCCCCGGCAAGGAAAUGCAAUUCUGGCGCCAGCAAAUCGGACGGUUCGGUCUGUCAGGGACUCACCAGACGUCUGCGAUCCGUACCCUCUCCGACGGUCUCCGUAACCGAGUCGUCUUCGCCCAGCUGGCCAUGGAGAACCCCCACGUCUUGCUGCUCGACGAGCCGACAAACCAUCUGGACAUGAGCUCCAUCGAUGCGCUCGCACAGGCCAUUCGCGAGUUUGAGGGCGGUGUCGUCAUUGUCUCGCACGACUUCCGACUGAUCUCGCAGGUGGCGCAGGAGCUGUGGGAGGUCAAGGACAAGAAGAUUGUCAACCUCACCAAGCAGGACGUCGACAUUGCGGCUUACAAGAAGAUUCUCAUGAACAACUCUGCCGCGGCAAUUGAGCGAGCCAAGCUGACAGCCAAGACGGGCAAGUAAAUACCGCUUCGAGCGCUGCAAGCCACCUCCAAAAAGAAAAC